AUUUGUCAACAGCAUCUGCAACGGCACGAGGCUCUUUGGGGGGUCAAGCACCAAAUACCGAGGGUUUAAAGAGGCCGUUGCUGGAAUACAUGAGUAUCUUGCCAUUUCGACAGCUUGAGACUGAUAUCGCGUAGUGACACCACCUGCCGCGCACCUCAUUGCCCCAAGUAGCACCAAGCAGCACCAAUCGCCUCCUACACUGACCUGCUUCUAUUCGACUCCCAGACUCGCACUCCCAGCUCCCUGGCGACACCCUUUCCCGUUUCUCCCCCGAGGCAGCAAUGUCGCUCCCCCAAAGCACCGCCAUCUUUGCGCAAAUCAGAAAUGCAAGAAGCCACUCGGAGCAGGCCGCCGCCCUGCGGUCACUCAAGAACGACAUCACGGGCCACCUGCAGCGGAAGGAGAAAUGGGUGGAAUCCGGCGUCCUCGAGCCCAUAGUCAAGAUCCUGCAGACCUCGAGGGCCCCCGCAAGCCAGAACGGGAGGGACUUCCGCGGGGCCGUCGCACAUGCGAGGAAGCUGUCGGACGAGGAGCAGGUUCGAUUGCAGGCUCUCCAGCUGUUUGCCAUCUUCGCCAACGGCGGACCCUCGUUUCUAUACCCGAUCCAAGCGGCCGAUGCGAUACCUGCCAUUCUGUCCAACAUAUCCCCCUUGGACAACCCUCCACAGAUCGUCGUUACCGCACUACGAGCCUUGAGCAAUAUCACCGAGGCGGUCGGCCUGGCCGCGCCAUCCUCGCUCGACACCACAUCCUUGGCAGAAUUGGUCUUCAAUCCUCUUGCCCUCGACGCAUUCCAUUCAAUACUAGGGUCAGAGUCUGUGACGACAGUAGGGCAAGAGCAGAAACGGCUGGUUGCAGGUCUGAUCGGAUGGUUGUGCCGGGCGGAUAAGCACCAGAAUGCAUUGGCCAACUACGGCAUCCUAGAUGCUCUGGCCACCAUGCUGGCGAGCUUUGUCGUCGCGCGUGGCGAGGUCGUUCCUGGGGCCGAGCAGUUGGGUCGCAGCGACGGCAUGACCGAGAUGAUACCGGAUCCUGCCCCGCCAGGCUCAAACCUCGCCGCCGUCCUGGAGGCCAUCUCCGCCAUCAUCUCCGAGUCGCGAUUCCGAACCUGCAUGCUAAUCUACUCUCCCGCCAUCAUGGCCGUCCUUCCCAAUGCCAUGUUCUCCCCCGUCAGGGGGUCGCGGACGGUCUGGCACGUUAUGGACAUGGCCGGGCUCACCAGCCUGCGAAAGAAGAUGCCGGAGGCGAUCGACUAUCUCCUCCCCGUCGUGCCCAUCUACCAAAUAAGGAGCGCGCCGUCCCAGAUGGCACAAUUUCCCCCGUUGGGCUUUUCCGCAUCCUCGGAGAACCUAGCUUCGAACGGGCGAGCCAGCGCGAAGGGGCUUUCGGGGUGGGAUGCCGCCCGCUUCGGCGCCUCCGGCGCCCCUGCCUCCAACGGAGACGCGGACCUAGACGAGGCAGAGAGCCCGCUCAUCCCGUGGCUAAUCCACCUGGUCAGGUCAACGGGCGGUCUUGAGCGAGUCAUGGCCGCGUCGGUUCUGGCGUCUUUAUUCAAGGCCGGAUUUGCGAGCCCGGACAGAGAGGCUGCCAUUGGGAACCUGGUUGUCCCUGUCCUCUGCCGGCUCAUCAAGGAGACCAUGGCUACGUCGACAUCUGACGACGCCUGCCUCGUCGACUCGCGUGACACCCUCAGCUGGGCCAUACUAGAGCGCACGCCAACCGUUCUAGCCCGCCUGAUUGCGGGAAGCGAGCUUCUCCAGGUUUGCGCCUACGAUUGCGGGGCCGUCAAGACCGUCUGCAAACUACUUGUCGAGUCGUACGAGCCCAUGCCAGAGCAAUCACCGCCGAGACCGUGGUCUCCAGAUGCAGACGUGUCUGAAGGCGCAGGGAGGGGCGCGGCCUUCUCGGCAUCCCGCAUGGGCAAGCAGGGACAUGUGCCCCUUUACUCUCACCGCGUCAACACGCGGGAGGCUGCCCUAAAGCUCAUAGCCGCCAUGAUCCCCUUCAAGGAGGAGAUCCGCAUGAGCUUUGUCGAGCAGGACGUCAUGCCCUAUGUCGCCGAGUCUCUGUCACCGUCCCCGGCGAAGCCCAGGCAUAGCAAGGAGCGGGCGAAGCCAGAAAGGGGAGCCGGAGGCGGCGGAAGUCCCGCUGAGACUUCGCCCUGCGGCCUCAAUCCCAACUCGGUUAUCAUCGCGGCAUGUCAUGUUAUCAGACUACUAAGCCGGUCGAUUUCCAUACUACGCACUUCUCUAGAGGAUCACGGAGUGGUCAUGCCAAUUUUCAAGCUUCUGCGGCACUCGGACAAGGAUGUACAGGUGGCUGCCUGCGCAGUAUCGUGCAACCUGGUCCUGGAGAUGAGUCCCAUGAGACAGCCGCUCAUUGAGCUAGGAAUUGUCAAGAUCCUUUGCGAGCACGCUCACUCACUAGAUGCCGAGCUGCGACACAACGCGAUGUGGGCACUGAAGCAUCUGGUUCUGGAGGUCGACAACGAUCUGAAAAAGCAAUGCUUGGAUGAGCUCGAGUCGGGGUGGCUCGUACAGCUGAUAUGCGACGACACGGAAGACGAGGCAUUAUUCGCACGACUCAGGCGCGAGCGACAGAUCCGGGAAGAGGAUGAGGAUGACGACAACGAUGACGACGAGGAUGAGGACAUGGACUUGGAAGGCUUGGAGGAGGAGAGCAGGCCGUGGCUCUGGCCCGCUCUCUACAGGACAAAGUCGACACGGUCGACGUCACAGAGGAGCCAUUCGGCGCGGGUGCAGAGGGCGGAAAGAAAACUUACAGCGCUUCGCGAGGCGGAGCUGAACCCGGUUAGGAAGGCCCGUAACGACGAUCUCGCGAUCCAGGAACAGGGAUUGAACUUCAUCAGGAACCUGAUCGGACCGCCGGCGUCUUCGGGGGCCGCGUUGGAGACGCUCCGCGAACUUGCCGAGAUGGUCGACUACGUCUUCAACGAGCUCGGGCAGGACCGGCUCUUCGAGAUUCUAGCGUCCAAACUCCGGGUCAAGGUGCUGCACGCGUUCGACAGGCGGCACGGGCGGGGCCGGGAGACCAGGGUGCUGUACCCGCAGCCCCGCGUUAUCGAGGCAGUGGUGUGCAUCCUGUCGCACAUGGCGGCGAGCAUCCCGCGGCACCGGCAGCUGGUGACGGCGCAGACGGAGCUGCUGAAGCUCCUGGGCGGAUACUUUGGCAGCAAGGACAUCAGCGUGCGGCGGGCGCUGUGCCACCUCCUGACCAACCUCGUGUGCAAGGACGACCCGGACGACGCGCAGGCGUGCGCGCAGCGGGCGCUGGAGCUCAAGAAGCUGGGGUUCCUGUCUAAGCUGGAGGUGCUGGAGCACGACGACGGGGAGCUCGACGUCCGUGAGAGGGCCAGAUCUGCGGCGUGGUCGAUGAAGCAGAUGCACCAAUAGGGGUCGAAUGACACCCCCCCUUUCUCUCCCUUUCUUGGCCCACCGCGGAGAUGGGGUGGUCUCCGGGCACCGGUUUGGCAGGCAGUACAUAGAUAGUACAUAGUACGAUAAGUGUGUGGUGGCGGUUUUAGUUGGACAUGGCGCACUUUGGUGUGGAUCACGAGGACGAUCUGCCCUCGGCGCCAGCAGGGAUAGGGACUCGGAGAAGAGGCGGGGGCGGAGAAGGGAAUGACUAAUUGAUUGUUUAGUGUACCGUACUUUAAGCCGCAUUAGCAUUAGUAAAGAGAACAGACUUUGUAGAUGAGGC